AUGCUACACCCCUCUGCGGUCCCUUCAUCCCCAUGGGAGGGGCUGGCGGUGUCGUGCGCCGGGGGGGCCGCCGGCUCUCUGCUGCCGCAGCAGGCAGAUUGCAGCCAGGAAGAAGACCCGAAAGCGACGGCGACGCAAGAGGACGAAGACGACGAUGAUUUGGGCUGCUUUGCCACCAGUGUGUCCCAAUGGGCGCCGGGGGGGGGCAGGGUGCUGUCAUCCCCUCCUCUUCUUCCACCUCAUCCUCCUCCUUUCUUCUCCCGGGAGCGCAUGUGGUGGGCCUGCAUGCAGUUCAUCAACAUCGUGGUGCAUUCGGUGGAGGAUAUGAAUUUCCGUGUCCAUCUGCAGUACGAAUUCACCAAACUGGGGCUGGAGGACUUCCUGCAGAAGUCGAGGCACACGGAGAGCGAGAAGCUGCAGGUGCAGAUCCAGGCUUACCUGGAUAACGUGUUUUGAUGUGGGGGGCUCCUGGAGGACGCGGAGACCAAAACUGUGGCCCUGGAGAAGGUGGAGGAGUUGGAGGAGCAGCUUUCCCAUCUGACAGAGAAGCUGCUGGACAUGGAGAACGAGAGUGUGAUGCGCGUGGCGGAGCUGGAGAAGCAGCUGCUGCAGCGCGAGAAGGAACUGCAGCUGGUGAAGGAGACCUACGAGCACACCAGCCAUCAGGUUGCACACUCCCUGCGGCGGAUGAUCAAGGAGAAGGACGAAGCGUUCCGCCGCCGUUACGGCUCGGAGCCCCCCCCCGGCACGGAGCCCCCCCCGCCCCCCACGGACUGCGCCCCCCCCCCGCCGCCGCCCCCUCCGCCCCCAUUGCCGCCCCCCGCGCCCCCACUGCCAGGGAAGUGCGCCCCCCCGCUGCCCCCCCCACUGCCGGGGGCUUCACCAUCCAUCGCCCUCACCGUGGGGCUGUCGGCCAUCCGGAUUAAGAAACCCAUCAAGACCAAAUUCCGGCUGCCGGUCUUCAAUUGGACGGCGCUGAAACCCAAUCAGAUCAGCGGGACGGUGUUCAGUGAGCUGGAUGAUGAGCGGGUGCUGCAGGACCUGGACUUGGAGCGCUUCGAGGAGCUCUUUAAGACCAAAGCUCAGGGCCCGGCGCUGGAUCUGCUGUGCCCCAAAAGCAAAGGGACGCAGAGGGCGGCCGCCAAAGUGACGCUGCUGGAAGCCAACCGUGCCAAAAACCUCGCCAUCACCCUGCGCAAGGCCGGCCGCGGCCCCGAGGAGAUCUGCAGGGCCAUCCACACUUUCGACCUGGCCACGCUGCCCGUGGACUUCGUGGAGUGCCUGAUGCGCUUCGUGCCCACGGAGGCGGAGGUGAAGGCGCUGCGGCAGUACGAGAGGGAGCGCAAACCGCUGGAGGAGCUGUCGGCCGAGGAUCGCUUCAUGCUGCACUUCAGCAAAGUGGAGCGGCUGCCGCAGCGAAUGGCCAUCAUGGCCUUCCUGGGCAACUUCGCCGACAACCUGCAGAUGCUGACGCCGCAACUCAAUGCCAUCAUCGCCGCCUCCGCCUCCGUGAAGUCAUCCCAGAAGCUGAAGCAGAUGCUGGAGAUCAUUCUGGCCUUGGGGAAUUACAUGAACAGCAGCAAACGGGGCGCAGUGUAUGGCUUCAAACUGCAGAGCCUGGACCUGCUCCUGGACACCAAAUCCACCGACCGAAAGCUGACGCUGCUGCAUUUCAUUGCUCUGACGGUGCGGGAGAAAUACCCCGAGCUGGCCACCUUCUGGCAGGAGCUGCACUUCGUCGAGAAAGCAGCAGCAGUGUCCCUGGAGAACGUUCUGCUGGACGUGAAGGAGCUGACGCGGGGCAUGGAGCUGCUGCGGCGCGAGUGCGGUUUGCACGACAGCAGCGUCCUGCGCUCCUUCCUGGCGGGCAGUGAGAGCAAGCUGGAGAGGCUGCAGAAGGACGCACGCACCGCCGAGGAUGCCUACAACGCAGUGGUGCGAUACUUCGGGGAGAGCCCCAAGACCACCCCCCCCUCCGUCUUCUUCCCGGUGUUCGCCCGUUUCAUCCACUCUUACAAAGAUGCAGAGCAGGAGAAUGAGACGAGGAAAAAGCAGGAGGAGGUGAUGCGGGAGAAGCUGCUGGCACAGGAGGCCAAAAAGCAGGAGAAGCGCAACAAAUGGCAGCAGCAGGAGCUGAUCGCAGAGCUGCGCCGGCGCCAAGCCAAGGAGCACCGCCCUGUGUAUGAGGGCAAGGACGGCACCAUUGAGGACAUCAUCACCGCGCUGAAGAGCGUCCCCUUCACGGCGCGCACGGCCAAGAGGGGCUCACGCUUCUUCUGUGAGCCCGCGCACCACGAGGAGAGCGGCUCAUAGCCACAGCCUGGAGGCAUCGGAUCCAUCUGUAGCAGCUGUGGGUCAGAAGGCAGCACCCCUGGGAGGGGGUCACAGCGAAGAGCCCCCCCCCCCACCUCGCCACGACCCCCUCAGGACCCACUGGAGGGUCCUGGGGGCUCAGCCCACCUCCCCCCCUUCCCUCCCUCCCUCAAUGGCAGUGGCCAAAUCCCACUGCUGGGGGCGGUGAGGGGGGGGGGGGGGGAGGUGCCCAGAGCACCGAGCUGAGAUGG